AUGGUUGUAGAUUCAGCUGAUGCAGAUGAACCUGCUGUUAAUAUGAUGCUUGUUACCCAAAAAUCCGCAGUAUUACUAUCUGGUUUAUCAGCAACAACAUCUAGUCAGACAUCAAAUGUUGUAUCUGACUUUGAAAAUCAGCUAAGUCAACAGUGUCAACCAAACAAAAUUGAUGUGAUGACACCCGAAUUAUGUGCAGCACUAGAUCGAGCAAAAGUAACAAAUAGGAAUACUACUUUUAUUUUAGCUGCUGCUUUUAAGAGUGUAGGAAUCGAUCUUUCUACUCUUAAUUUAAGCUACGGUACAAUUUAUCGAGCGCGCAUCAAACAUAGAUCAAACAUUGCGCAAGAUUUGAAAGAAGAAUUCCGUUCUGAUGAUCGUUAUGUUGUCCACUGGGACGGUAAAAUUUUGCCCGAUAUAGCUGAUUUACAGUCUGUUGACCGUUUAGCAGUUCUACUUUCUGUCUCUGGAGUUGAUCAGCUUCUUGGAGUCCCUAAAGCUGAUAUUGGAACUGCUUAUCAACAAGCUUUAGCUGUUAUUUCGACGUUGAAUCAAUGGAACAUUGCUCCUUACGUAAAAGCAAUGUGUUUCGAUACUGCAGCUGUCAACACAGGCGUUUAUAAAGGUACAUGUGUUCAAAUUGAAAAAGCAUUGGGAAGAAAAUUGGUGUGGCUUCCUUGUCGUCAUCAUGUAUUGGAAAUUGUUUUACGAGGAGUUUUUGAAGUUUUUUGGACCACUACAUCUGGUCCUAACGUUCCGAUUUUCCUUCGUUUUAAAAAAGGAUGGGAUGACAUUGAUCAAACCAAAUAUAAAAGUGGAAUAGAGGAUGAAACUGUAGCAAGCGCUUUAAAUGAAGAUAAGAUGAAAAUUAUUAAUUUCAUUAAUGAUUGCUUACAGAUGUCUCAGCCUCGAGAUGAUUACCGGGAGCUUUUGGUAUUAUCUUUAGUUUUUCUUGGUAGUUGUCCAACCGAUACGUACACUUUUAAGCGUCCUGGUGCUAUGCAUCAUGCGCGAUGGAUGUCACAAGCCAUCUAUAGUUUGAAAAUGUUUAUUUUUCGGGAUCAAUUUCAUCUUUCCCCUCGUGAAAUAAAAAGUUUACGUCAAGUGUGUAUCUUCGUAAUUUUAUUUUACAUUGAAGCUUGGUACACGGCAACAUCUGCUAUUCUGGCACCUCACAAAGAUCUAGAGUUGAUGAAAAAUUUGAUUUUAAAUAAAAAAAUUGACUCGGUGGUGUCAUAAGAAGCUUGCAGAAAAAUGAAGGAACAUUUGUGGUAUUUAAAUGACGAGUUGGCCACAAUCUCAUUAUUUGAUGACAAUGUUCCGAUCUAUAUUAAAAAGAAAAUGCUUUAUGCCAUUAACACUCGAGAGGGCUCUACAUUAAUGGAGCAGCGAUAUCAUGUAGAGGAUGUAAAUUUAAAAUCGUUAUUAGAUAACGAUUUAAGCGACUUUGUUUCGAAAAACUCAUUAGAG